AUGGGCGUUUCUCGUGGUAUAACAUGUUAUCAGGACUUACUUCUUUCAGUCUAACAGCUAAACUUCAACUUAAAAAAAAAAAACAUUUCUUUUUUUAAAAUCAUUUUAGAAAAUGUCAAAACUGAAAUCUAAAAUGAUGAUUUUGUUUCCAGUGAAAGUCUGAGGUGCAUCUCUCCAGAUGCGCAUGCUUAGCGCGCGCGCUGCUAAAGUUCUGAGGAGGAGGAGGAUGGCUGGGAUGAAGGUCGCGGUGUUCGUCAGCUGCUGCUUUCAGCUCGUCGGCUGCAGGAUGGUUCCACCUCAGCAGACAGCAGGUGGCGCUGACUCGCCCGCUCAAGUGUUCGCUGUUGUUGGCCGAGACGUGGUUCUACGCUGUGACGUCCCCGGACUUCCCGACUUGUUGCGUGUCAGAACGUGGGAGUGGUUGAAGGAAGACGGACUGAAGCCGGCUCUUGCCGUGCGUGGAGGCGUGGAGCUGAAGAAGGACAAGGAGGCGGAUUACGUCAACAGGACCGCCCCCUUGGUGAACAGGUCUAUGGAGCUGCGCGGCGUCAGACUGACUGACACCGCGGUUUACAUCUGUAGAUUAUCCCUGGAAGAUCGCAGAACUUUGGAGACACGAGUUUCUCUCAUUGUUGGGGAGGUGUCAGAGCUCAGCGUCGCCGUCCAUCGGAGUGAAGACGGCGGGCUGGUUGUUCUGUGUGAGGUUCAUGUCCGGAGUCUGGAGCUGACCCUGGUGAUGCUGGACGACCGCGGGAACACCCUCCAAACACAAACGCAAAAAUGGGUCGGGCCGGACGAGUCCCGCCCCGUGAGGGUCCAGGAGAAGGUGGAGCCAGGUAGAGAAAACGUGACGCGGAUCUGCAGGUGGAACGUGUCUGAAGAGACGGAGGAGAAGAAGGUCUCCGUCUCUGACAGCUCCACAUCGUCCGGCUGCUCCGUCCUUCUGUCAUGUCUUCCCUUGGUGAUUUACUCUCUGCUGGUGACCCUCGCCGUCGGGGUUUUCUUUGGUGUCAAGCACAGAAAACGUCUUCCAGAGCUGUGGAGAAAGGUGACCGCGCUGACUACCACGGCACAGAGAGUUCCCUAUGAAGAUGAACACUUCACCGAAUACAGAAACCUGGACCAAAUGACGACAACAGGAAUCUCUGAGCGUACAGCCAGGGGGAACAACUUGACCCGUGGAGGAGAACUAGUUCUUGGUGCGGAAGGAUCCAGAAUGUUGGCAGAGAAAGAUCUGAGGGAUAUGUCCAAAUACCGGAACCAAAUCCUGAAUGUCGGACGAAAGCUCCACCUCCACCCGGCUCUGAUCGCCGCCAUGAUCUCCAAACAGUCGAACGCUGGACGGCAGCUUCAUCCCGACGGCCGAGGAAAGCACGACGACAACUGCUACGGUCUGAUGCAGAUCAACAGGAACUUCCACGCCGUGAAGGGCGAGCCGUUCAGCGAGGACCACAUCGAUGAGGGAGCCACCUACCUGAUCCACCUGAUCAAGACCGUGAGCAGCUGGAGGCCGGCGUGGAGCCGAGAGCAGCACCUGAAGGGAGCGCUGGUCUGCUACAUGGUCGGCUUGGAGAGGGAGAGGCUGAACUACCCAGGAGACCUGGACGAGCAGACGCCCACGCAGGACUUCGCCAACGACGUGAUCGGCCGGGCGCAGUUUUACGCCCAAAACCAAUACACAUCUUAGCUUCAGCCGCUGGCGGGAGGAGAAACCAGGAUUUAAGCCAAAGGCUUUCAGAAAGUUUGUGUUUCGGUUUGAAGCUUCAGUCGACCUUUGUUUAGUUUACUGGAAGCUCGCCGUACGCAGAGUCUGAAGUUCAAAAGAAACAAACUGCAAAACCUGAAACUGGUACAGCCCUUUCACAUGCUAACGCUAACAAAUGUGCUUAGUUUUGGGUUAUUUUGUAACGCUUGAACACCAGAGAUGUAGCCGACGACAUAUCAAGUACACGCUAUCUUAGAACUAGUGGAACUCUUCAACUGUUGAUCCAAUCAACGGUAAAUCCAACGCACAGAAAAGCAGCAAUGCACCGAUACUGGCACAGUCAGUUUUCCUCGCUAAUUUUUCCGUUAAUUACAUAACAGUGCUGGAUAUCAGUGCGACGCUGCAUUUCUCUGCUUUAGAAUUGAUUGUAUAAACGGUAAAAGAGUUACGGUAUUUCAAGAACAUCAACACUGACGCUAAAGCCCGGGUGCUAAAGGGUUAAACCCGUUUGAAACUCACGCUAACAACGAGGUCACUCAGCUGAUCUCACGACGCGUGUUUGUGUUUACGUAUGAAUCAGCGGUGUCAAACACACGGCCCGCGGUAGAAAUGGUUGAAUUACCAAAAGGACCUGCAGGACUAACUAAGGUUAAUUUUUAGUCCGUCAACACUGGAGAUGUCGCUAGCGGCAGCCAAAUAAUACAGACUUUUUGAAUUAGCAUAACUCUUCAGUUGUAUACAAAAUGAACGUAAUGCUAACCGAGAAAAGCGGCUUUGCACCGAAAUACGACACUUUAAAGUCGCAAUCAAAAGACCCAAUUCUGGAUGUGCUAAAUGCUAUUGUUUAGUAAGAUAAAGUGUUUUAUUUUCUCCACGUCAGGAUCUGUUGGAAUUUUGUAAAUAAACGGUUGAAUUGUUAUGCUAGUUCAGAGUUAUUUUGCUGCCGCUAGCUUACAGCUCAGAUGUUAAAGAGUUAAAAAACAGAAAACGCCAACAUCAUUCGUUAGCAUGUUGCAGUUUCGUUGUAUUUACGUUGCUAAAGUAUCGCAUCAGCAUCAGCUGGUUUGCGUAAACUCUUCACUACUGUGAAGUAUCGCAUAUCAGCGCAAAGCUGCUUUCCUCAGCCAGUAGAGUCCGCCGGAGUUAGGUCAUUUGGUUAAACGGUCGAGUUACAAUGAUUUAAAAACACUGGAGCUACCGCUCAGACGUUAAAAGGUCGUUUUUGUUUUGUCCUUUCUUGUUCUCAUUCCUCAGAUGAACGUUACAUUCACUUGAUGGUCCAUUUUUAAGGAUUUUUUAGAUUCAUAAAAAUGUUUCACCAGUAUUAUCAGAAGACAAACCCAUGAAGAAUGCAGUGACCCCUACAGGUGGAUCUGCACAUUACAGCUGCACGUGUAGUCAUGAAUGUGAAACCAUUGUGUCAUAAAGUCUAUUUUUAUCCAGGUAUGGAGCUUUGUAGUAUUGUUAUAUUCACUUUGUAGAUGAGUUCUCAACUUUUUAUCAACGGCUGAUGAAGUUUGUCUUCAUGAAGAACCCGCUUCUCUGGAGAAAAACAAAGUUUUUUUUAAAUGUGCUGGAAUCUGUUUGUUUUUGCCUCUCAGAAUGUGAAGUUUUCCAUUUCAUGUAUUUAUCCAAGUCUGGCUUUACUUGGUUAUCACAAGCUGCUGUUUUAUUUUGAAGGUCAGAAAACGUGUCAGAAUUGUUUCCGUUCAACCCAAUAAAAGACUUGAGUUUGA